AUGGCCUCCACCCAAGCCCUCAACGCCGCCUCCCAAGACCGCAAAGCCCGCCUCGCCCAGCUUAAAUCGCUCAAGCGCAAAGAACCCCCCUCCAACGACGACGAAUCCCAGCCCAACGCCGCCAAAUCCCCACGCCACGACGCUUCCGAAGAACCCGCAGAAGACGACACCUCCCACUACCUCUCCGGCCGCAACUACGACCCGCUCACCAAAUCCGCGCGCCUCGGCUUCGAGUCCGCCCCCUCAUCCACCGCGGAGACGCUCGAAGCCCGCGCCGCCAGCUUAGCGGCUGAGACGAAGAAAAAGAAAGAAGAGGAGGAAGCAGCGGAUAAGCCAUUAGAUUUGUUCACGCUGCAGCCGAAGAAGGCGAAUUGGGAUCUGAAGCGGGAUUUGGAGCGGAAGCUGGAGGUGUUGAAUGUGCGGACGGAGAAUGCGAUUGCGCGGAUGGUGAGGGAGAGGAUUGGGCGGCAGCAGAGGAAAGCGAGGGAGGUGGGGGUAAAUGGGGAGGGGGAUGGGGAGGCGGCGGGGAUUGAGGGGACGACGUUGGUGGAGGGGGCGAAUUUGAGGGAGGCGGAGGAGAGGGAGGAGGCGAGGAGGGAGAGGGAGGAGGAGGAGGAGAUUGGGGCGGAGUGA